GUCUUGUAAAUCGCGAAAAGUUUAAUCCUAAACAUUAAACCCUUUGCGCCUCGCUCUUGUUGCUCUCUCAGUUUCCUCCCUCGCCGUCUCAGUCCUCAUCACACCAAGCACUCGCAAACAGAGCACCACUCACAUUUUCUGGGUCACUUUUCUCAGCGGGAGAAUUCUUUUCUUUUGUUGAAGACAUGGUGGGUUGGCAGAGGCAUGUACAGCCCCUAAUCCGUCAUGUUGGCAAAAGAGUGGAGAAUCAUGGUUACACGUCUGCUGCAAACUUUUCUUCUUCUUCUCAUUUUCUAAAACUCCAGACACCAUCUUACCAAACCAUCUCAAGGCCCCUUCAUCAGUACUUUCAACACUUGGGAAUUUCCAGUUCAAGGAACUUGCUUGCAGAUUCAUCUGAUGGAGCACCUCAUCAAUCUUCAGUCACUCCUCUCUCAGCUUCAAGUGGUGAAAAAAUUGAAGAACAAAACCAGAAAUCAUCUUCUAGACCUUCACAAGUUCAAUUUGUAUUAAAGGGCAUGAAUCAGAGUCCUAAUAAGGUCAACUUGGUUGCUAAACUGGUUCGUGGUAUGCGUGUUGAAGAUGCAUUACUGCAACUGCAAGUGACAGACAAGCAAGCUGCAAAAACUGUGUAUCAGGCUCUUCACUCAGCCCGGGCGGAUGCAACUUAUAAUCAUGGGUUGGAUCCAGAACGUCUUCUAGUUGCUGGGGCCUUGGUUGGAAAGGGAUUCUUGGGAUUCCGCAAGAACAGACUUUACUACCAUGGUAAAAGCAAUGACGGAACUAAAGUGAGACCAAAUUACCAACUAACGGUGACGCUAAGGGAGAUUUAUCCGGAAGAGGAGGAGGAGAUAGCCAAACAGAGAGCUGACAAUUUUCUCUAUAUCAAGAAACGCCUCCGGCUCACGAAGCAGGAAAAUAAAUUUGUUUCUCACCACCUUAUCGGCAAUUACAAAGGCAAAGGCAGUACCAGUCAACAAGGUGGUAUGGCUUCAUGAGCAAUCUUCCUUCCCAUGCAUUAACAUUUUGAAAGAGUUUGGAGACGUUCAAGAGCUCCUCCUUUGUCCUUGCAAUUCAAUAAAAUGUCGUGUAGAAGUGUGAAAAACUGAAGUGUCAAGAGUAGGAUCAAGCCUUUGUCUCAGUUCCAGGUCGUGGCUGCAUCCCGCGUGUUGUUUUAAAUGCUUAGAGGUAUACCAUCUCAAAUCAUCUCUUUAGGUGGUGCAUUCAGAGAAGGUAGUUUUUACUUCUUUCACCUUGGCACUGGCCGUCGACAACUAUGAUGAUUUGAAGAUUGGUGGUGUGAUUGACAACAAUCUGACAAGGUUCUUAUAGUUUUGCUAAAGUAAUAUGGGGAAGCAAUUCCAAGUGCCUUUUCUAGAAAUAUUUGGGCUUUUAAUAGAAAUUUUUUUUGGGUUCCUAAUAAAGGUGCUUAUGCCAAAAGCGAGAUCAAGUGCUUCAUACAAUAGUGAUUUCAACCUGCCCUUCAGAACUCUCAUAUCAUAUCGUUACCUCAUGAUUGGGUUGAUCAAGUGGUAUUUGCUCAAAUUAA